CCGCCCGGCUCCUCUCCCCAGGCCCGGCUUCUCGCGGCGCCCCGGCUCCCGCGCUGCUCUGCCGGGCUGCCCAGGCCUCUCCCCUGCCUUCCUGUCUGCGUUCCUGCAGCGGCCAAGCGCGCAGUAGAUGCCUGGUAGACAUCUUAGAACUUUAAAAACGGAAAAGACCUGCUUUUAGGGGAUAAUGCUGAGGGACACUAUGAAAUCUUGGAAUGAUAGCCAGUCAGAUCUCUGUAGCAGUGACCAAGAAGAGGAAGAAGAGAUGAUUUUUGGUGAAAAUGAAGAUGAUUUGGAAGAAAUGAUGGAUUUAAGUGAUCUGCCUACCUCACUUUUUGCUUGCAGUGUCCAUGAAGCAGUGUUUGAGGUGCAAGAGCAGAAGGAGAGAUUUCAAGCACUUUUCACCAUCUAUGAUGACCAGGUUACAUUUCAGUUGUUUAAAAGCUUUAGAAGAGUCAGGAUAAAUUUCAGCAAACCUGAAGCAGCAGCAAGAGCUCGAAUAGAACUCCACGAAACAGACUUCAACGGGAAGAAGCUGAAGCUGUAUUUUGCACAGGUACAGAUGUCCGGUGAAACACAGGACAAAUCAUAUCUACUGCCUCCCCAGCCGGUCAAACAGUUCCUCAUCUCCCCUCCAGCCUCUCCUCCGGUGGGGUGGAAGCAGGGUGAAGAUGCCAUGCCUGUUAUAAAUUAUGAUUUACUCUGUGCUGUUUCCAAAUUGGGACCAGGAGAGAAAUAUGAACUUCAUGCAGGAACUGAGUCGACACCAAGCGUGGUGGUUCACGUCUGUGAAAGUGAAACGGAAGAGGAAGAAGAAACAAAAAACCCCAAACAGAAAAUCACCCAGACGAGGCGCCCUGAACCUCCCACCGCAGCGCUGAGCGAGCCCCAGAACUUCGACCGUGCGCUGUGAGGCCACUAGCUGUGGUGCCAGGCAGCUGUCAUCAGGGGCCUCAGCCAUGGAGAUCUGUGCCCCUCCUGCUGGUACAUUGCUGCUAAUAGCAUAGGUCAAGUGAGGAGUGAAGGGCGGGCGUGUUCACCAAGCCCACCCCGUGGACGUGGUAGCACGGAGUACAGGCUGGUUUUACCUGUUCACAAUUGUAACCGAUGUUCUGAACAGCACUUUAAAGGAUUAGCCCCCAACACGUGGCAUCUCUUGACCAUUUUUAAACAGUAGCAAAUUAGGAACAGUCUCCCUCCAGCAAUGUUUAUUUCCCUGAUUCCGUGUAGCAUGGGGUACCCAAAAACUAAAACUGUAGUCACCGAGUGCAGUACCAUUUUUAUGAAUUUAAAAGUAGUCUGAAAAUUGUAAUCUAGUGUGGAUACUUUUGUACUGGUACAAUAGCUUCUGACUAAUCUCUUGGUCGAAGGUUAAUUGUUACUCAGUAUACGUGAAAUUUUUUUGCACGAAAAGAAACCUGAAAUAUAGAAUAAUUCAUAGAAAA